GUUAACAAGACCCAUCGUAUCAACAAACAAAUUCCAAUCGGAUGUCACCGAUGUUUGUUCCUUCCGUGAAGGCGAAGCUUUCCCCCUUCGAAUCAUUCUAAUGAAACGCGUCUUUUGGCGAGGUUGUGAUCGAAGACCUACGCUGUUUACUGUUUUCAUUGCUCAAACACGCGAGUUAAGAGAAACUUUUCAAUCUUUGGCUGCCAUUUAAUCAUCGACACAAGAUGUGCUUAUGAUUGAGAACUAUUUCCUACCUUCUGAGAUAUCCCAGGAGCUUUAUUAGACCUUUGAUAUUUGUUGGAUUCAUAUCGAUUGGAGCUGUGAUUAUAAGUUGAUUUUGAAGAAACAGAAUCUGAAGUCAACAAUCUUUAUAUCAGAGAACAAAUGGAUGUUGAAAGGAAAUUUAACAGAAAUGUGUAGUUGAAACGGAAGUGCAAGUAUUAAAGUAAACAGGUUGUCAUAGUGACAGUAAUAACUAUUAUCCAGAAAAUGAAUUCAGUGUUAGUUUUGAUCAUCGUCGUGUACCUGGUGGUAUUAAGUACAGGUCGUGAGCAGGGGUUCGUCUACUGUCCAGCGUAUCCUUGUACGUGUGAACCUAAAAAUGGACAACUGGUCAUCAACUGUAGAUUCCUUUAUCUCACAGAGCUUCCGAAAUUCCUGUCUUUCGAUGGUCGCGUUCGGGAGUUAUCUCUAAAGAAAAACAGCAUCCGUUCUUUGCCCGCGGGUGCAUUCAUCGGACUCAAAGUGGAAGUGAUUGAUUUGACAGAAAACAUUGUAACGGUGAUCAACGAGAAGGCGUUUAUGGGCUUGGAGGAUACGCUAGAGGAGCUUCACAUACAAGUGUACGCCAUGCAAUCCUUGCCCAUUAAAGCCCUCGCCAAUCUGAAGAAACUUCGGGUACUAAGAAUCAUCGGUUGUCGAGUGCCCACACUGGAAAGCAACACUUUUGCUGACUUAACGCACCUGGUAGAGUUACAUCUGAUCUCAUGCCGCAUCAAUCAUAUUGAACCAGGGGGAAUCGCGUCAUUGGUCAACCUCCAGAUCCUGAACUUGGCCAACAACAACAUUCGCUUUCAGCAUCUCAGAGAGGUGGCCAAAUUGAAGGAGUUGCGUAAACUCAUACUGUCCCAAAAUCAACUGCAGGUUCUUGGCAGUAACGUAUUUAGUGAGUUGCUCCACCUUCGACAUAUCGAUCUACAGAAUAAUCAAAUAGCGAGUAUCGAUAGGAAUGCGUUCAAAAAUCUGGAAUAUUCUUUAGAGUAUCUCCAAUUGUCCAAUAACAAAAUACACGACAAAGCUCUCCAUUCAAUCAGACCUUUGAAGAACCUUCGAGAGCUAAUUCUAUCUGAUAACAGUCUGGUUAAUUUACCCACCGAUUGUUUCGAGAAGCUUGAGCUAAUCGCGAGUCUUGAUCUACAGAGAAAUAAAAUUGAGCGACUGCGAAAACGAUCUUUGAAGGGGACCGAGAAAUAUUUACAAGUCUUCAAAAUGAGCGGCAACCCAUUGCGUAAAAUAGAAAAUGACACUUUCGUAGAACAUGGCUCGAUUAAAGCAGUUUUUAUGGACAACACAAAUCUCGGAGGCAAGAUCCACGCUUCUAAUUUUCACGGUUUAGAAAAGUCACUUGAUAUUCUGAGCAUCAAAAACAGUAACCUUACAACUGGCGACCUUCUUGCGCUCGGAAACCUACGGUCAUUGAAAGUGCUCACGCUCUCGGAAAACCGAAUCAAGCGUGUUCCUAAGGAUUCUUUCUUGAACACGAAGCGGAUGCAAAAGAUAGAUUUAUCUAAAAACAAAAUUUCUCUUAUUUCCAAUGAAGCUUUUCGUGGUAUCGAGAUUUCGCUCGAAUCCGUUGACCUCUCCGACAAUAAAAUCGCUGUUAUAUCUAAAUGUACGUUUGAACGCUUUCCGCACCUCAGUGACAUCCAACUUAGCAACAAUCCCUUGAUUUGCGAUUGUCAAAUGGUCUGGUUAUAUCAUUGGCUGAAGCUUCACCAUCCUGAUUUUUCUCGCUCUCUUUUAGAUUGGGUUUGCGCCGCGCCGAACAGAAAUAAACAAACACCCUUUAGGUUGUUGAAACCGAAGGAUUUCGGGUGUAGCAGUAUUUCAAAGAACGAAACAUGUGAAUGGAAAAUCGAUUCCGCAGCUAAUCCACUUAGUCUCACGGCUCUGGGGGUUGUGCCUUCUCCCUUACUUCCUGUUGAUAUGAUGGGCACAAGAAUAGAAGUAACUCUGCAGACAGCUGUGGUUAACGUCAUAUUGGUCACGUGGAACAGCACCAGUACUCACGAGAUCGGUGGUUACCGAGUGAUCAUGCGCCGAAUAAACGAUUCUGUGGAAGAACGUGACGUAACUGUGACAUCCGAAAUACAUCGUCAGUUAUUUGCGAAUGUUCCAAGCGAUAUUGAAUUUGAAAUAUGUGUGAUUGUUUUAUCAUCAAAAGUGGUGCCCAUGGGAAGAGAUUGUGAAAGCAUCGCCAUAGUCCCACAAAAUACAACCAUCCUUGAUCCAGCAAGAACAUUCGAGAACUCGGGGUUUGUUACCCUGUUGUGGGCCUACACAUUAGGCAGUCUAGCAGCGACCGGUGUAUUUGUCAUGGUGGCCAUCUGUGUGCUGAAACGAAGACGAGAAAUAAAAAAGGCUAAACCAUUUAGUCCCGGUUAUCCAGCGUGGGCAGGGAUGUUAUACGGUCGUCCGGAACACCCAAGUCAGGGGCCGCCAUCUUGUUAUUUUUCAGCUAAUUCAGCAGGGUUCGACGAUUCUGAUUUAAAUCCUGACUGUUGCACGACUCAUGGUCGGUGUAGCACUGUCAGCACAUUCCGGCGCCACCUGCCGGCAAAUUAUAUAGUGACUUCUGCAGACUUAAAUGACGAUUUUUAUUUCCAUUUUUAGAUAAAGUGAAAUAUCGACAUGUUUUCCAUGCAUCGUCAUUGAACUAAAAACUGUGAUAGGACAUUUUGUUACUUAAAUAAAGACAGUUUUUGAAGACUCUUAACCCAAACCGUGGUAUAUUAAAUACAGACCAAUCGUAUGUCUAACAUUUUGUGUUUUCGCAGCGGAAGUCGGGUACUCCCUUUUAAGGUAUGUAGCCUACACUUUUUGCAAUCGGUAAUUAUAGUCAGUCGAAGGAGAAUAAAUCUACGAGCCGCCAUAUUGGAAGUUUCCAACAUGAUCGAAGGUAAAGUUAAAAAUAUUAUGAUAGGUGUGCUUUAUUUAUUUUUUUUUUUAUUUUUAUUUGUUUAAAAAAUUGAUUUGAGGCUUCGCGGCUGGUUUGGUUUGAAGACAAAACUUU